AUGCGCGCUUUUCUCUCUCUGGUGAUCGCCCUCUUUGCGGCCGUGGUUGCUGCAUCCAGCCGCGCCAACCCCUUCAACAUCCCCGAUGAUGGCUACACCUUCGAGACUGGCAAGCCGACCACCCUCACGUGGCAGCAGACGACCGGUGGCACUGUGACGCUGCGACUGCAAUGGGGUGCCGUGACCACGGCGACCUCGGGCACGGUGAUUGCUUCCAACAUCGACAACAGCGGCAGCUUCACGUGGCACGUGCCGGAGAACCUGGAGGCCCAGCCUGACUACACCAUUGAGAUUCUCUCCGACGCCAACACCGGCGACUACAACUUCCUGCCCCGCUUCACCGUCCAGGGUGCCAAGGUUGGUGCCUCCUCGUCUAGCCCGUCUGACAGCUCGUCCGACUCGGCUCCCUCGACCACUAGCGAGUCGACUACCUCCACCUCGGCUCCGACGACUUCGGCCACCCCGACCUCGACCUCGUCGGAGUCGGAGUCCUCGAGCACGAGCAGCCCGACGACCAUGGUCACCAAGACCAGCUCUGCCUCUAGCUCCUCCACUAGCUCGACGAGCUCAUCCUCGGACUCUUCGAGCUCGUCAUCGACCCCGACCAGUUCCUCCAGCGCGUCAGCCUCGGCUUCGCAGACUGCGGUGCCGACCACCAACGCGGGCAUUGCCAACCGGGUGUCGGGUGGCAUGCUGGCGGUUGUCCUGGGCGCCAUUGCCGUCAUGUAA